CCAGGCUGGAGCAUUUAACCUGUUGCGGCUGGAGGGCUAGGACGCCCUCGCUCUACUGUGCGCAUAGAGGUGUGAGACAGGGGGACAAAGUCGCCAGCGCUCGGGUUUCCCCGGAUAGCAGUUUUUUAAAAGAAGAAGAAGCAGCAAGCAAGCAAGUCGAAGCCCCCUCAGAAUUAACACCUUGAUCCGCUGUCGCGCGGCGGGCCGCCUCGAGGCUGCGUUUUUCCUUCUGGCUCCCCAAGGGACCAUGCUUGCUAGAUUUUGGGGCUUCGUGACUGCUCGCUUGCUCUCGCUGCUGCUGCUGCAAAUGCUGCUUCUUGCGCAGGUCCAUCUCCACAGAACUACGGGCCCCAGGUUUUUAAUAAGUGACCACGACCGAGAUCCGCAAUGUAACCUUCACUGCUCCAGAUCCUCAGUCAAGCCCCUCUGUGCUUCUGAUGGCAGAACAUAUGAAUCCAUGUGUGAUUAUCAGAGAGCAAAGUGCAAGGAUUCUAAUCUGAAUGUGGCACAUCGAGGCAGAUGUAAAGAUGCUGGUCAAAGCAAAUGCAGAUUAGAAAGAGCCCAAGCACUGGAUCAAGUAAAGAAGCCACAAGAAGCGGUCUUCGUUCCAGAGUGUCAUGAAGAUGGAUCAUUCACCCAAGUUCAGUGCCACACCUAUACUGGAUAUUGCUGGUGUGUCACUCCAGAUGGCAAGCCUAUCAGUGGUUCUUCUGUACAGAACAAAACUCCUGUAUGCUCAGGUUCAGUAACUGACCGGCCAUUAGGACAGGGUAAUUCUGGGAGAAAAGUUUCUUUUCAAUUUUUUUUAACCCUCAAUUCAGAUGAUGGUUCAAAACCAACACCCACCAUGGAAACACAACCAGUGUUGGAUGGAGAAGAAAUCACAGCCCCUACGCUUUGGAUUAAACACUUGGUCAUCAAAGAUUCCAAACUGAACAGCUCUAGUAUGAAAAAUUCAGAGAAAAUUAAUUCGUGUGACCAAGAAAGGCAGAGUGCACUUGAGGAAGCCAAGCAAAAUCCACGUGAAGGAAUCGUUAUCCCUGAAUGUGCUCCUGGAGGACUGUACAAACCAGUGCAGUGUCAUCAGUCUACUGGCUAUUGCUGGUGUGUUCUAGUAGACACAGGCCGCCCCCUGCCUGGUACUUCUACCCGGUAUGAGACCCCUGUAUGUGAAAGUGAUGCUCGAUCCAGAAGUCCAGAAACUGAUGAUCCUUUCAAAGACAGAGAACUUCCAGGCUGCCCAGAAGGGAAAAAGGUAGAAUUUAUUACCAGUUUAUUGGAUGCUCUCACCACAGAUAUGGUACAGGCCAUUAACUCAGCAGCACCCGCUGGAGGUGGAAGGUUCUCUGAGCCUGAUCCCACUCAUACCCUGGAGGAGCGGGUGGUACAUUGGUACUUCGGUCAGCUGGACAACAAUAACAGCAGCGAUAUCAACAAAAGGGAGAUGAAGCCCUUCAAGCGCUAUGUGAAGAAGAAAGCCAAGCCCAAGAAAUGUACGCGACGCUUCACUGACUACUGUGAUCUCAACAAAGACAAGUCCAUCUCACUACAGGAAUUGAAGGGCUGCUUGGGGGUCAGGAAGGAAGGAGGUAGCAUUGGCAGUUUUCCACAUGGAAAAAGGCAAGGAGUUAAUCCUUUCAUAGGACGUCUUGUUUAAGAGCUCAUGAGAAUAUAUGACAUGGAUGGAUGAAAGGAAGGUUAGGACGCGUGGCCAUCUGAAAACAUGUGGGACUGACAACAUCCAGUAUAGCAGAAGUGGCAGUCACAACAUUUGCACUUUGUUAGGAAAAGAGAGGAGAAAAAUGGUCUACAUGUAAUACAGUUAUCUAGUAAUCUGAAGAAAAGAAGGAGAACAACCAUUGAAUUUUGGAAAGAAAACUGAACAUCUACUGAUGAUUUAAACCUUGGGGAUUGCUUGGACUUGAAAAAAAAGAUGUUUAAUAUACUGUGUAUAAAUGUAAAUUGCAGUUAUUUUCUGUUGGUUACAGGAUGACUAUUAAAUCUCUGCCCUUCCCCCCCCCGCCUUUUUAAGAGGCACAGCAAAUUCAGGAAUGCACUGAUUUUUAUAACUAUUCAAAAUUCUUUCACAACCUAUUAUUCAAGUAAGCCAAACAUGGUUGCACACAGACAUUCUUUAGAACCUCGUUUCUGUAUAUUUGUGUGCCCACAUUUGUCAGAAAACAACCUAUUUCUCCACUAGACAUUUAUAAUGGCUUCUAGCAUCAUCCAGUCAUUGCUAGGGUGAUAUAAAGUCUGUCUUCAUUACAUGUAUAACAAUACAGAGAUUAUUAGAAGGUUCUUUAUAAGAUGUUAUAAAUCACUAGUGAGGAAAUGGCCUAGAUGUGUAAUCUUGGGAAUGUUCAAGAAAUGUAAAUGUGAGCAGUAUGAAAAUGUAAACAGGAGUGGGGACCCCAUGGCACUCCAGAUAUUGUUGGACAUUAAUUUACCCAUGUUUAGCCAGCAUAUCCAGUGUUCAAGGACAGCAAAAAUGAGACAAAGCCUCUGCCCAGUUCAGAAAUCCAAAUUAAAGCAGCCUCAAAAGAUAGCCGUCCAGCCGCAGUUUGAGUGCCUCCUAUGAGGGGAUCCCAUCAAUUCCCUGGAUACUUGAUUCUUUGAAUUGUUCUUACUGAUAGGAUUUUUCCCCCCUUCAGAAGGAAUCUGCCUUCAGUUCAUUAUUCUGUGUCCUGCAUUCUGGAACAUGUGGGUAUGGAAUUUAUUUUGUGUGAAGAGUUCCUAAUGUGGUGUCCUCCAGAUGUAUUGAAUGUCAGCUCCCAUAGUCUCUCAGCUAGCAUGCUCAAUGGCCCUUCUGGCUGAGGAGAUGAUAAAAGCUGACAUCUGAAAAAUCUGGAGGACACUAGGAUGAGGGAAGCUUGGUUUAGAGCCUAUGAAACAAGCCCUAACAGGGACCAUACCAUAAGGUUAUGAAACUCUACAAAAUCAUUUUUCCCCAACAGCAGACCAUAAUGGGAGAAUUUUUUGGCAAUCCCACAUGCAGUGAACUAUCUUGGCUUUUGACUAGUGGGUUUCCUUGUGUAGUUGGUUGGCCAUUGUGAGAACAGAUUGCUGGACUAAAUGGGCCAGGGGUCUAGUCCAGCAGGACACUGCUUAUGUUCUUAACUUGUUGGUCGUGGCUUUUUAAUUUCAGGGAAAGCAAGACUGAGUUGUAACAAUGACUUUUUUGGAUUGUGGACCUUGAAGGUUUACUGUACAUAGGUGGAAGUUUGAAACUGGGCAAAAACAUUUUCUUCUUUUUUAAAUCUGUGUUGAAUCAUUUCACAAGUUUACUGUAAAGCAAAUCUUUGUCUCAUGGAUCAGCAGCACCCACUGCUGGCUUCUCUAAUAUAUCACAUACAACGCAUGUGUCUUCAAACUCUUCUUUGCAUACUGUGAUCUUUUUCUUUCUUUUGUUCACCACACUUAUUUUGUAUGAAUUCAAAUUACUUGUUUGAAUAUGCAGUGUAAAAAGUCUACUUUUUGUAAUUUGUAAAGAAUUACAUACAAUACAAUUUGUAAAGAAUGUUGUUAAAAAUAUUUUUGUUCAUGCGGCCUUCCCUUCAGCCCCUUAAGCCUACUGUUAACAAUGCUAGAGAAUCAGAGACCAUGCCAAGUUCUUCUGUCACUUUGUCUUGCUAUUUUGUGAAAACCCAUAUUUUUUAGUUCUCUCAAAGAGUAUAUUGCAUCGGAUCAAUGACUCCUUUGGUUUGGUAGUCUUUCCUUCAAGGAACUCCUCUCGGAUCCUGUUGGAUUAGAGCAGCAUAUAAGCCCCAGUAAAUUGAUAAAAAUACAUAAACUUUUUAACAAUGCUGAUUUUCAAUUAAUAUUUCCUAGUCCCCUCAUUAAAAUGCAUACCCUUUGUAUGAGAGUUUUUGGUUCGAUUAGGCCAAAGUCUCUCUGGUCCUCCUUCCCUCUGCUCCAGCAGUAAUCAACUUGUGGCUGUGCUCACAAGAAGGAUAUGAAGUGAUAGUUUCCUUUCUUAGUUGCUCCACAUCCAAGUAAUAAAUUGAUACUGUUUUCUGCCAGAAUAUUUUGGUCUAAAAUUGCACUCCAUGUUCUAUUAGGGCUUAUAUUAAGGCUUUGAAAAAAAGAUGCUUUGGACCUGCUGGAAAGUCCUUAAACCAAACAUCUUUUCACAAGGUUGCACUGCAACUGGGGAAGGCAGAUGUGCCAUCUGUCCUGAAAAAGGAUGCAGUUGCUAUUAGGAGUUGCCAGCAGAUCCUUUGUGAGUGCCUCAGUGGACUCUGGAGUGGUUUUUUUUUUCCUUCUCCUUCAAACUGAAGCACCGCACAGCUCUACUUUUUACUACCUCCUGCUUCCAGUUUAAUGAUCAAUUCAUAUCUUAUAUUUUUCUUGUCAGGAAAAAAAAGCACAGUAUCCAGAGGCAUGUUUGGAAAUUGUGUGAGUCCUGAGCCUGCAUAAUGUAUGGGGGCCAAUACUUGCUAAUCCCCUCUUGAAGCCUGGUUCAGAGAAAGUGGAUUCAAAUGGUUUGGGGCAGCAACCCAGAUACUCUGUGUUGCGUGGCUUAGUCAAUUUCGUGCAGGCAGGCAGUAUUUUCUUACCGGAAAUGCAAAAUUUCUAAAGACAGUCUAUCCGCGGUCCAAAACAAAAAUGCAAGGGAUGGAGGGAUUGUGAACCAGUAAGUGGAAUUCAGAAACUUUGGAAGAUGAAAUCGGUGAGCUUUCUGCACAAGGGAAUAAUAACUGGAUCCACAUAGGUUAAGACUAAGCAGUAGUAGUCUUUCACUCAAGCCAGGGAGCAUUAUUUACAGACUAACAACAAUAUUCAGUCUAAGGGCAGAUUUGCACUUUUUGCUUGCAAACAUGACCUUUACCUCGGUCUUUCUGCGUUGCCUCAAAACUAGUGUUUCCCACUUUCUGACAGAAGAAAGGUUGAUGUCUGGUUUCUUUUCUGUGCUUUAUUGUCUUACAGGGAAAUGCCUCCAUUCUAACUGACAGGAAUGUCCCCUUCCCUCUGGUCCCUACUCAGAGUCCUCCACAGCUAUUUUAACUUGGGCUGUUAAGCUUAAUGUCCCUCUCAGAAUCUUCCAAGGGUUAAAUACACAACCAUUAGCUUCCCUGAAGAGGAAGAGUUCGUGUAACCCACCAGAUCUUUCACUGAACCAGGAGAGUUCACAUGAUCCAUCAGAUCAGCCCGUUAUUCAGGCUGGUGCAUUAUCAAAAUAGUCCUUUCGUUUUAUUUAGUACUUAUAUUUAUUUUGGGAAAAGCAUUUCUGCUUAGCUUAAUUUUUUAAAAAUCCAUCCUCCAAUAGGCUGUUGAAAUAUUUGGCCUAGCUAGCUAGCUAGCUUUUCUCCCCAACCCCAGGAAAAUGCAGUGAUAUCUUUUCUUCACACUUGCAGAGCUGUUUGGGAGCUGGGGUGAAAUUGACAACAGUUUGCUAGUUUCCUAUGCCAAGUGACAGCAAGAAGGAUGAAAGAGUCCUCUAGGGAAUCAGUUUAAAAAGAGAAACAGCAAAAUGGAAAAGCUAAGGGAAAGAAAAAUAAUUAGGGGGAAAAUGUAAUUUCUGUCCAAUUUUGAACUGGGGACCUUUUGCAUGUGAAGCAAACAUAACCUCUAUUCCACUGGAACAUCACUUGGAGCAAACUUAAGAAAACGCAAGAAAAUAACUUUUCUUUGGAAGUUGGCUGCUGUACAUGUGCUUAUUGAUACUUUCUCUUUGUAAAUGGCAUUAUGUUUUUCAGUUUUAAAAAAAUGCCCUGUAAGUCCUACACAUGGGAAGUGGUGGUAGCUUUCCAGGUAUGGAUGGGAGGAAUAAAGAAGCAAGAGAAUCUACUGGUUGGGGGCCAUGUUAAUAGUGGAGUGGACAGAAUAUCUGGCCAUCCUUAUGGCCGAAGUGGAGAAAGUGAAAUCUGGAAAGAGAUUUCUUAACACCAGUUUCAUUCCCAGCCAGCUUGUCCUUGGGAGACAAGCAGCUGUCAUUCAGGACAGCCUUAAGCCAUAAUUAACCUGCCUUGUGGCAAAGUAUAAUGUGUGAAUCCAUAUCUGCUCAGAACACUAUAAUGUUGCUAAGUAUACAGAAUCUCUCUUUCAACAUGCUAAAGUUCCAUUCAGUUCCACAGGAAGCAUCCCUCUGUUGCAAAGUAUAAUGCUCCCUUGGUGAUACAUUACGACUUUGGAAUACUACACACUUCAAGUAAUGCAAUCCAAUCCAGCAAGUCAAAUAAUGCAGUUAUUUAAAGCAGUACAACAUCUGCCUCUUUACAGUAAAUGUAUAUAAGUAGAAGGAUAAAGAUAAACGUUUGUGGAAGAAAGAGAAAUUGAACUUUAGGGGGCACUGUUUACUGUUAGGAUUGUUAACUUUCUAGUUAGAAUCAACUAGAAAAUGUUUGAGAAAGAAUUAUCUCAAAAAUGCAGUUUUCUAUCAGGAAGAAAAUUUUGAUAGGCUUAUUGUUGUACUAUUCAUCUGUGGAUCCAAUUCUGCUAAACUUGGCUGUGACAA